GUCACGUGACCUGGGCGCGCCCGCCCGUGGUGGCCAUGGCGGCCGCAGGCUCCAGUGUGGUGAGGAGAGUGGAGGAGCUCGGGGACCUGGCGCAGGCCCACAUACAGCAGCUCAGCGAGGCGGCGGGCGAAGACGAUCAUUUUUUAAUUCGGGCCUCUGCAGCUUUAGAAAAAUUGAAACUCCUAUGCGGAGAAGACAAAGAAUGUUCAAAUCCAUCAAAUCUUCUAGAACUUUAUACACAGGCUAUUUUGGACAUGACGUAUUUUGAGGAGAAUAAUCUAGUAGAUGAAGAUUUUCCUGAGGACUCUUCACAGAAAGUAAAAGAACUGAUUGAUUUUCUUUCAGAACCAGAAAUACUAGUUAAAGAAAACAAUUUGCAUCCAAAACAGGGCGAUUUACUUGGCGAUGAACUCCUGGAAUGUCUCUCUUGGAGACGAGGAGCCCUACUCUAUAUGUAUUGUCAUUCUCUGACUAAAAGGAAAGAGUGGCUUACGAAAAAAUCUUGCUUGCUUAAAAAGUACCUUGUUGAUGGAAUCAGUUACUUGCUACAGAUGCUAAAUUUUCGGUGUCCUAUCCAGUUAAAUGAAGGAGUUUCUUUUCAAGACCUAGACACAGCUAAAUUAUUAAGUGAAGGAAUAUUUAGUGACAUCCAUUUGCUGGCUAUGAUGUACAGUGGAGAAAUGUGUUACUGGGGAUUGAAGCAUUGUGCAGAUCAACAAUCAGAAAAUCAUGAAGUGGAUACCUGUGUUUCUGGAGCAAGUGGCAUUACACACAAAGAACCCUUGGAUUUCCGAGAAGUAGGAGAAAAAAUUUUGAAAAAGUAUGUAUCUGUGUGUGAAGGACCCCUGAAAGAACAAGAGUGGAAUACAACAAAUGCAAAACAAAUUUUAAACUUCUUUCAGCAUCGCACUAACUAGUAAUUUCAUCUAGUCUUUUUCAAACAGGAUAAGCCAAAACACUAUAGAAUGGAAAAGUUCCAGAAAAGAAGACAUACUGAUGCUAAAUUUGAGAACCUUACACUACAGAAAGAUAUUCAGCAGUUACCCUUUUUAAAAUGCCAUUAUCAUCUCUAAUUAUAUAUUCUUAAACCUAUGAAGAAACUAUUCUUUAAUUUCUAAAAUAGCAUGUAUAUUCUAACUCAGCCUGAACUACAGAUAGCCUGAAAUUAAUAAUGAGGAAUCAAAUUUAGCUUUGUAAAGAUUUUUUUGUUAUUUUAGAUAUUUUAUGAAAUGUAAGAUUGAUCAUUUUAACUGUACUUACAUUAUUUUUUAAUCUCCCUAUCUAUAAGGUUUAACAAGUUACUUCAUUGCUUUGAUCUAUACUGUGGAUAUAAAAAUUGGCAAAAUGCAAAAUUAUGACUAACAUUUAAAUUCCAUUUUCGUAAGAUAAAUGAAAGAGUCCACAAAAGAAUUGUUAGUCACCAUGUAUUACUAAUGACAUUUAACAUUUUCUAGUCUAUUAGGCAUUUUAUAAAAAUUUAAUAAUGAUUUUUCUGUUUUGUUCACAAGAGUAUUCAUGGUUUAUCAAUGGAGAUAAAAUCAAAUUAGGUUAGUCCACUGUUAGCUGGGUUGUCUUCAGGGCACAUCUUUUCAUAUGUAUUGAAAUUUUCUGUCUCUAAUAGGGGUGAGUGAUAACGGCCCUAGAGCCUCACUUGCUAUCUUGCUUAUGGUGUUCUGUCUACCUCAACUCCUACUGUCAUCUUGGUAUGAUCUGUCUGACACUGCUGACGUCCUUUACCUCUGUGCUGGUAACGUUAUCACAUUCCAGGAACUUGCUCCUGUGGCCAUCAUUUGAAUAGCACCAUUCUGAGUUUCUCUUUCUGAAGUCAAAUAUCAGUAACAGAUAACAAUUCUCAUUUUGCUCAAUUUAUUGACUUUUCUCUCUCCUUUAUUUGUGUUUUAACUUCUCUGCGACCUCCUUUUUGAUGGUUCCUCAUUUUCUUAAACUAUCAGCUCCUUUCAGAAUUUCUUUUUCUCCAUCCAGCUUCAGUCUUAUAGGGCACCAUGUAAAGUGUUCUUCACAGUCUCUUCAAAUCUGCCUUUCCCUUGUCCUUCACCCUAAUCUUUCUGUAAGCCCUCAGCUUUGAAUUCUAUUAUCCAUCUAUGUGGAUGUUCCUUCAAAGUAGACUCGCCAGCUCCCAAAUCUGCAACUUCUCUCCUGUUCUCUGAACCUUAUUUCUAACUGCCUACUAAAUAUCUUCACUUAGACAUUCCAUAAUAAUGUUAAAAUUCAAUCUGUCCAAACAGCCAAUCCUCAUCUUUCAUCUGAAAUCUUUUCCAGUUCAUGUUUUCUCUGUUUCAGUCUUCCACAGAGCAGAACAACAGAGAGCGCGCAACACUAGUUUUUGCCUACCUUCCCAGCGUCAUAUCUGAAAUUCAUCCUGUACAAUCAUGUUUUAGUCAGUCUAGUAUUCCUCAGCCAUUUAAAACCCAGGCUUCUUUUUGAUAAACAUUCUGAUAGAUCCUCUUGGUACAAAGAGAAUCUUCCCAUGUAUAUGUCCCUGCCUCCUUGCUUGUACUUAAAUAGCUGAGAUUUUAAUUUAAUGUAGCUUUUUAACAGGUUUUACAGGCAUACCUCAGAGAUAUUGUAGAUUCAGUUCCAAAUCACCAUAAUUAACUUCACAAAAGAGUCAUGAAUUUUUUGGUUUCCCAAUGCAUAUAUGUUGUAUUUAUAUAAUACUGUAGUCUAUUAAGUUUGCAGUAGGCUUUAUGUCUAGAAAACCAAUGUACAUUCCUUAAAUAAAUGUGAGCAGAGACCUGAAGUGAGCACAUGCUGUUGAAAAAUACAGUACCCAUAGACUUGCUUCAUGCAGGGUUGCCACAGGCCUUCAGUUUGUAAAGUGCAACAUCUGCCAAGUGCGAUAUAAAGAAGUAUAAUAAACUCAUGUGCCUGUACUAUGAAAAUACUUUUGUGCUUUCUAAGUAUAAAGAUUUGAAUAAUUAUAAAUACGGUUUUUAGAAACACAAAUUGUACACCCUCAGAACCCUUUUGGAGAAUCAUGACCAAUUGUAAGCCCUUCCCAGUUCUUCACUACUGUGCUGUGUUUUCCCCUCAGACACCCUUUGCAGACGUCAUUCCUUCUUCCUGAAAUGCUUUGCCCUUUGUGGCCAACUGAGUACCUACUUAUUCUUCAGUGCUCAGCUCCAGUGAUCGUGUAUCCAUAUGGCUUUUUUUUUUUCAGUAUUUCCAGUCAAAAUUGGCUUUUCCUUUGUUUCUGUUCCCUUUCUCUUCCCCUCCCUGAUCAUACUGCUUUGUAGUUUUUUUUUUUCCUUAUGAGUUGAUGAACUCAGUAUUUAAAAAAUGAGUCUUUAUGCAUGUUCCUUAAUGAAUGAUGGGCUCCUAGUAAUGUUUUUUGGAUUACGGACAUGAUUCUAAGUGCCGAACUCUUCAUAAAAGGGUUGCUGCUAUUGUAUUCCAACCUGCCAUGCCCUCAAUACCAGUGCUUGACAAGGCAAAUGGGGAAUUACUCCUCAAAAGAGUAAAGUAUUAUAAUAGAUUUAUCACCUCAGAAAAGAAGAAAACUUUGUCUUCAAAUCGGAAGUGUCCAUUUUGCCUUCAAGACCCUUGGAAACAUUUGGGUCUCUCACUGGUUGGUACAGUUAAGAGGGUACUUUUGGGUGCUUUUUAUACAACUUUUCCAUCUCCCACACAAUUGGAGAAUGACUUACAGGCCAUAACAGUUAGAAUACUUUUUACUCUGUUGUAUUACCAAACAGGGAAUAACACAUUUUUGUGUGUGUUAAAGCCUGUUAAGUAAAUUCUCUGUCAUUUAGAAUGGAGUAACCUUAAGAUACCAAAUGCUCCACUUAAGGAAAGUAUAAUAAUUCACUCAUUCUGCAAUGAUUAGGUGCCUACUACCUGCCCUGUUUUGUCCUAGGCACCAAAGAUAUAGCUUUGUAAGACAUCCUCUUUCAGAACUUGUGUUCUAGUGGAGAAAGUUAGACAACACAUUUUUAAGUAAUGAUGGCUAGGAAGAAUAUAAGCAGGGCCAAAGGGCUAAUAUGACACUGAGAGAAUUGCUGUUUUAUUUAGGGUGGUUGGGAAAGUACCUCUAAUUUGUGUACUUGAGCAUUUGUGUCUUUAUAUUCCACCCUUUUGGUUAAAUGCUUUUUACAUUCAUAUGAUUUCUCUUUCUUAUGGAAGUUCUAAUACUAAAUUGCUAAACAUUCUCAUUUUGGUUGCAUUUAAAGGAUUUCUCUCCAGUAUGGACUGUUGAAUUCCAUUAUUAAAUUGGGUGAGUGGUAACCUAAAAGCCUUGUUGCAUUUUUUACACCUGUGCUUUCUCUUCAUUUUGUGUUCCCUGUGUUACUAAAACUUAAAUUCUGUUAACAAAUUUUCCUAAUCCUUAAAUUUGUAUUUGUUCUUUCCCAGUAUGAAUUUUCUUAUGUUAACUAGGCUUUAAGACAUAAAAGUCUAUCCAUUUUGCUACAUUUAUAGGAUUUCUCAUUACUGUGAAUUGUUUGAUGAUGAUUAAAGUAAAAUAGCAUGACUAAAGACUUUUCUGUAUUCCUUUGCAUCAUGGAGGUAAGCAUCGUGGAUGAAACCCACAGUAAAAUUACAUUCCUAGCUUUGCAAUCCCACUGUGAAUUCUCUAAUGUUUAUUGAAGUGGGAGCUAUGUUUUAAGGCAUUCUCAAAUUCAUUUCAAUGGCAUUUUUAAAAUAUCCAAGGCUGGUUGACAUGCUAAUUUUAGAUUGCUUGUCAUUCUUCAAUGCCUUCCGGGGCUGCUUUUCUGGCUCCUAUAAGGAUACCCAAUCUGCCACAGAAUCCAGGAGUAUUUAGUUCUCUAGUUUCACGUUCUUAUAUUAUUUUUAAAUAUAGUAUGCCAUAUCAUGUAAUGGAAGUAUUACAUUAAAGUACAUUUUAUGUAUCUACAAUUAAAGUAUACACGGUGUAUUCAUGCUCGCGUUCUUUUAGCUUUUUGUUUUCCUACUUACAGUGGAAAUUUCCAAGUAAAAUGCUUUGGAGCAUUUAAAUUUUUAAAAAAAUUAAAACCAUAUUCCCAUAUUCAUUUCUUGUUCUUUUGUCUUUUUUAAUAUUUGGGUGUUGUGGUGGGUGAAAAGCUUUAUCAUUUAAGCUUAAUGUUGAUAUCUGAUUAUUUUUUCUGAUCCUAAUAACUUUCAAACAGGGUGAUAUAGUGGUUAGGAAUAUGGGGCUUGGAGCCAGUGGCUUGAGGUUAAGUCCCAGCCUAGCUUUGUGAUUCUCUGUAAUUUACUUAAAUUCUGUACCUUAAUAUCCUGUUAUUUAACACAGGGGUAAUAAUACUAACUUACAGGUUAUUGAAGAUUAAACGAGUUAAUGUUCCAAGUGCUUAUAGUUUACUACAUAGUACAUGGUAAAUGCCCAGCAUAGUUUUAUUGAAGUUGCUGACUUGUCUUCUAUUCUGAAGGCAAUAAAGGUAAAUGGGGUUAAUUUUUAAUUGGUGGUUUGAGAUAUAUGUGAGACUUUGACAACUGAGAUGAUGGACAGAAUUGAUUGAAAUUUAGAUUUUUUAUAUCUUCACAAGAAGAAUGAAUAGUUGAAUGUUCUAGAUGUGGUAAGCAAAUGCUAGAAGUGAGUUUAUAUUAUGUAGAAAUCUAUCUAACAUUUUUUAUGUCUGUUAAGGAUGGAAUUUUACACUUAUAUAUAUUGAUAUUGCAUGGUAUAAUAGGCAGUGCAGCCUUGACCUUUAUGGAAUACUCAUGGCGAUUUUAUCAAUUUUUUGAUAUUUAACAUAACAGAAUGAAGUAAAGAACAGAGAUCUAGUUUCAGAGCCGAGUGUUGUUUGGAUUAUAUUAGGUAAAGUGAUGUAUUUGAAAAUGGCUGAUAUAUAGUACCAAGUAAGUAUUUGUGUCCUUCCUAUUUACAGACCAUACCCAGUCCAGUGUAAUAUGGAGGAGUAAUUCCACAUUACUUUGGAAUGUGGCCUAUGGUAUAGUUUCUUAAAGCCCCUUUAAAGUAAUGCUAGACAAAACAGUGGGAUGGACAACUAUCUGGAGAAAAACUUCCUAGUAGAAUUUUCACAAUAUGAUACCUAGUUGGAGCUCAGGUUGAAAUAUUGCUGCACAUUUAUGAUAUACAUACAUUGAAUGGUUUUUAAAAUAUAAAUUAUGUGGUGUAUAUAAGCUCAUUUCGGUCUAAGUUCCUUUAUAAUUGGGCUCCAGACGUUAAGUCUUUACUAACACCCAAGAAAAUGGGAAGUCGGGGAUUGAAAAAGACAGCUAAAACACCCCUAGUCUGGUAGGGCCGAGAGGGAAGCCUUUGGUUACUGAGCCCGGCUUAGUGGGAGGGUCCCCUGCUGAACGAGUAGGAGUCUCCCAGGCCAGCCCGAGGGGGUCCUUGAUGAAGACGCGUCUUCGGAAGGACCCACUGAUAAGGGGGCAAGAGACUUCCAUCCUAGCAGUGGUUGAGGUCAGCCGGGCCCAGGUUGUGGCCUGACGUAAUCCGGGCAGUGGCUUGGCCUGCGCUCCCGCUGGGUUCGGAGCACGUCAGCCUGGGCCUCCUGCCAGC